AUGCUUAUCGAAACUCGUAUUCGGUGGCUUUUUACCCCGCGUUCCAAGGUGAUAGUUGACCAUGGUACAGCGUCUGCCAACAAGACCAUAUUUACAUUUAUCCCAUCAUUCAUCACUAAAAUACAACAUAAUUGUCGGACGACUCGAAGGAAAAAUGCCACCGUCACCGGUGCUGCUGGCGGCAUCGGCCUCGAGACCACAGUCCUCAUGCUCCGCGAAGGCGCAUCCGUCCUCAUGACAGACAUGAGCACCACAGGCCUCACAGCAGCCCUUCAAAAAGUAAACAUCGCCAUACCCCCGAGUCUCCGAGCCGGAAAAGUCGAAACAAAGACCGUCGACGUAUCAGACGAAUCCCAAUUCGAAGCCGCAGUGUCACAUCUAGAUUUCUGGGACGGGAUUGAUGGUCUUUGGUUUGGAUCUAAACAUUCUGUGCUUGGAUUCCGGAGACAUGGGAAGAAGGUUAGUAGUGUGAUUAAUACUGCUAUUGUGGUUGGUCUGGUUGGGGCUGCGACGGCCCAGUUGGCGUAUACUGCUAGCAAGGGCGCUGUGCUGGCGAUGACCAGGGAAUUGGGCAUUGUUCAUGCGCGAGAGGGUUUCCGGUAUAAUUCGCUUUGCCCUGCGCUUUUGAAUACACCCCUUCUUCAGGGUUGGUUUGGUGAUGAUAAGGCGAAGCGGUCCCGUCGCGAGGUGCAUUUUCCCAGCGGUCGGUUCGGCGAGGCGAUUGAGCAAGCGCAUGCUGUUAUCUUUUUGGCCAGUGAUGAGAGUAGUUUUGUCAAUGCAACUGACUUUGUCGCUGAUGGAGGCAUGACGAAGGCGCAUGUAACGCCUGAGGGACCAGCCACAGAGGCGCCGAAGAACUUGGCCGGGCCAUAA